GGGACUAGGGGUGCGCAACGAAGCUGGGCCGCCCGAGGAUAGAGACGGCGGCAGUGGCCUUCUUGCGUUGCUUAACAGCAAUAUAAUAGCCUGGGGCACAUAUACUCUGCGGGCUGCUGCUCUGGUUCGGAAGGUUGAUCUUGUCUCUCGCAUGUGGCGUGGUUGCUCUCCAUCUUUGACCCCAUAGCAGGAGAUGAAGUUGACGUCGCCGGCCUUGCUGUAGGUAAGUCAGCAAGCUUGCUUUGUCAAGCGUGACCCAAAGAUCUCCCUUUCUCCAACCAAAACACACGCCUGAUCCUCCUCUGCUCUCUCAUCCAUCCUCAGCCACGGCCUGCAUACAUCACGCCCAACCCGCCAGCCUUUUCCCUUCCAUUCCUUCCUUUCUUUCAUUCUGUCAUUCCUUUGCGUCUUCUCUUUCUUUUGUUCGUCGUCUUCAUCAUCAUCAUCUUUGUCUUCUUUUUUAACUGUUGUAAUUUGCGCAGGUCUCUUUUCUAAUAUCGUAUAUAGAGUGCAAAGGGGACCUUGUUUUCAACACUAUAACCAGCUCCGGGACAGCUUUCAAACCAGCAACAUCCAGCUCCUUUGGGCGUCAAUGCGGGUUCUCGGCUCAAUAUAGCCUGGAGCAAACAUGAUUUCCUUUCGAAAAUGCGUGGUCAUUGCCUUUUUCAUCCUUUCUGGCAUCUUCCUGCUGCAUACAGCCCACUUCAAGCCCUCGCUGGCUAAGGCUGAACCGGGGACUCAUCACCAACGAUCAGAGCCACCGGACGCUCGACUCACUACUAAGCUGGGGUCUAAGGCCAAUUCUCCAUCUGAACAGGAACCUGAACAGGAGCCCGAAACCGAGUCCGAGCCCGUGAAAGAGCCUGAACCGGAGCCAACUACACUCCUGGGCCGUCUUAAAUAUCAUUUCCCCUAUGGCGUAAAGGCCAAGUUCCCUGGAUACAUCUGGCAGACAUGGAAGUAUACUCCCGCAGACGGGGAGUUCGACCCUAUGCUACGGCCAUUAGAAGCGAGCUGGACCGAACUGCACCCUGGAUUCGUGCACCAGGUCGUGGACGAUGAGAGUGCGAUCUACUUCUUGAAAUACCUCUACAGUUCCUUCCCGGAGAUCAUCGAAGCAUACGAGUCAUUGCCCUUGCCGGUUCUCAAGGCUGACUUCUUCCGAUACUUGAUUCUUCAUGCUCGAGGGGGGAUAUAUUCCGAUAUCGACACCACUGCCCUUCGAUCAGCAACAGAAUGGAUACCAGCAACGUUUGACCGGUCAACUUUCGGAUUGGUCGUGGGCAUUGAGGCGGACCCAGACCGUGCUGACUGGGCUAAAUGGUACUCCCGCAGGAUUCAGUUUUGUCAAUGGACCAUCCAGUCGAAGCCAGGCCAUCCUGUUCUGCGGGAUGUCAUUGCUAGCAUCACCGAGGAUGCCUUGCGUAUGAAGGAGGAAGGAAUUCUCACGAAGAAGGAUAUGGACAAAUCAAUUGUGGAGUUCACCGGCCCUGCGGUCUGGACGGACGCUAUCUUCAGACAUUUAAAUGAUCCCCUCAUCUUCCCCAGUGAAGAUGGCAAGCUUCGAAACAUUUCCGCGCACCAUUUCACUGGCAUGACGAAGCAGAAGCAAGUAGGCGAUGUUGUCGUUCUACCAAUCACGAGCUUCAGUCCUGGUGUCCAGCAGAUGGGUUCUGAAGAAGCAGACAGCGACAUGGCUUUUGUCCAGCACGAGUUCUCAGGAACGUGGAAGUCCGUUGAAGACAGAAGAAUCGGACACUGGUAAUUUUUACUACCCGACAAUAUCUUUUUUUUUCGUC